CAUACCGAAUGCAGUAAUAGCAGAAUCUCGCGAAUCCGACUGCACAAAUGAAAUAUUUUACACCGAGUUUAAAGUGUACAGCAGACGAACGAUACAUCACGACAACGUCAUAAUGGUACGAAUACGGAUGGUUUUGAUGAUAUCCAUUGCGAUCUUUGCCAUCGACGUGAGUAUUUACAUAUUAUUCGAACAUGGAAUAAAGUGCACGUAAAAAUAUAAGACAUUUUCGAUGUAAAAUGAUAUUUAUAAAAGAAAAAAAAAACUGUUCUCUAUUUGAAUGUACUUUGAUGUGUGCGCGUUUUUAUCAUUUUUCACAUUUGUUGAGAAAACUCCAAAGAAAAUCGAAAAAUUACCUUUCUAAAGUGUCUCUCCAGUGAAAUUUUCUUUUAGAAAAAUUGCUAUCAUCAUAUUUUAGAGCAAAAUUGUUAGCAGAAAAGUUGUCCACUGGAAAAAAGAAGGUCAUAACGUCUUACUAAUAUAUUUCGUACAUGUUCCCGUUUCCUUCCGUUUUUUUAUGGUUUUUCACAUUGGACCAGAAAAAUUCUCGAAAAAAUCGAAAAAUGACAUUCUUUAACUUCCCCACACCGAAUUAUUUUCAGGAAAUAUGCUAAAUCUAAAAAUCGGAGCAAGGUAACCGGGAAAAACGUUGUCUACAGAAAAAAAAUAAAUAUAUUUGUAAAACCAUAUUCUUCUUCGCUCCACUCAGAAUCUAAAAUCGUAAAAAGAACGGAUAAAUUAAAAAAAUAAUUCCUUUACUAUUUUAAAUUUUGUUUUGUUGUUGCAAUUCAGUUAAAAAUAUUCGUAGGGACCCGAAAUUUAUACAAUACCUUUUCUAGAAGUAAUUACAAUUUUAAAAACCAAUUUUAAUUAUUGUAAACAUUAUAAUUUUUUACAUAAUUUUUAUUCGGUAGGUACUCUUUACAUUAAAAUCCUCUCUUUGUCCUACCCUCCCAACUUCUCACCUAUAACAGUGACCCAUCCAUCUUUUGAACUGUGAAGUAUACCCAUCUUUUUUAAUAUAUUAUUAUACAUAUUUUUAUUAUAUUUAAAAUAUAUUUCAUUUUUUUUUCCUUUUGAUUAGCAAAAUAUUUUAUGAUCUUCUAAAUUUAUACAAAAAUAUUUAGGUAACCUCGGAUAUAAUCAAAAUUAGUUAAAUAAUGACAAUACCCACUAUCGUGUACGUUUUCAUUCUGUAUAGACUGCGUACAACACCGUGAACUAGCUGUAGCCGCUGUUGUAGACUAAGAAAUUUAUUAGGUACUAUUGCAGGUUCUUUAUUGCAAAACUAUUAAUCUUAAUUAAUAGUUUUUGUUUAGUUAUAGUCAUAGUUAUAGUUAAAAAGUUAUCUGCUUUUACUAAUGCGAUUUAUACACGCUACGGCAGUUUAGGAAUAGACUAUUUCGCGUUAUUUGUAACAUUAUGUCUACUGCCCCUUAUAUUAAUUCUAAAAUGUGCAAUGUUUUAUACUUAACUACCAAUUCUAGAUGGGUAUACCCACUCCUUAAAUAAGGUGUGGCAGCCGCAACACCUAAUAUAUAAGUUCAGCACCGCUGGAUAGGAGCUAAGUCAUUUCUGUGUUUUAGAGCAUACUGCACGUCGAAGCCGGCAAAGGGACGGAUGAUCGUGUAAAAAAUUUGUCGACACGUGCUUCGGUCCACAAGGACAAAUUAAAAUCACACACAGAUAUGAUACAAUCAAAAUACGGUUCACUGACCAAAGAGGCAGUCGAGGAGCUGACCAACAUUACCAAUUUCGUACUCAACCACAUAAUGGACUCCACGAAAUUCAAACUGUACUUGAAAAACACAUUUGAGACUCUAGAAAAAUACGCAGGUAUUGUGUUUGCGAAUUUGAAUUUAUACUGUAUUUAUAAUAUACAAUGAGUGUUUUUUUUUUUUGAACUCAGCUAUCUUGAAAACAUCAUAUAUGCGUCACAAUAUAAAAUUAAAUAAUUUUCGGUCGGGAGGUACGUGCAAUUUCGAGACAAUGGUGUAAUAUUUGAUACCUGCAGUAUUGUAAACAACAAUAUGUCGAAUACUUUAUACAAAAAUUACAGUAAAGAAGAAGAACAUUAUUUGCAUUUGUAAUUUUACUGGAAUUUAUUUCGUUUCAUUAUAUUUUCCCGGGUUCCCGUUAUGGCUUUCGUGGCGGGUAUAAAACUGAAAGUUCCAAAAUAUUAUCAUCUAUUCGAACAACAGUUCAAUUAUUUUUCUAAAAUGUAAGCGGUUGAAUGUUUCUGAUCAAAACGUGUUUUUCGAUAUAACAAAAUUAUAAAAGAGAAAAAAAGGUAUCUCAUUGCAGUAAGGUAUCUGUAGAUUUCUCAUCGUUUUACUUGGAAUCUAAAAUAAUGGUUAUUUCGACAUUUUAAGCGCUACGUAAUUCCUCGAGGUCCCCCUGUUUAUCCGUAUUUUUUUUUGUCGGCCGUAAAAUAUCGACAACGUAAAUAAUUAACGCGAUAAUACUUUGGGCCGAAGGGUUUAUUUGUAAAGUAUAGCACCUCGGAGUAAAACAAUCAUCAAUAAUAUUAUAAUAUUCGAAAUUUCGAGAUUUAAUAAAUAAUGAUUGCCUUUAUAUAUAUAUAUAUAAAGUCCAAAAUAGAUGGAGUAUUAGUUAAAAUCAAUUUAAGUGUUUACAUUCUUGAUUUCUGUUGAUCUGUUGACGAGAUAUUUCAUUUUUAAGUUUGGAUUGAAAGAGAGUAGUGGAGUGUCAUUUAUGUGGCGGUACAGCGCACGACGUGUUAUUAAUGCAUCUCUACUCUCCUCCAACCUAAAAUUAAAAAUGGAAUAUGUCAACGGCUUGACAAAAAUAACAAAUCACAAUACUUAAAAUUAUUUAAACUAAUACUAAUACUUAUCUAUAUAUGGAAUUUUUUUAUAUAAGUUGCCAUUUGAUAAUUAAAAGUGGUUUUAGCCAAAAAUAAAGGUUACAAAAAAAUAAUAGAAAUAUAAAAUUGUAGAGCCGGCUCUACAAUUAAAUGUUCUAGAAAACACAUUCCAAAAAAAGUUAAUACUUUCCGAGAUAAUGAGUGUACCUUCUUGAAUGAAUUACCCGAUAUUUAAUAAUAUAAUAAAGCAAAAUUUUCAAAUUCAAUACCCCCCCUCCUUGGAAAAAUCCUAUACACGCUACUAGUAGUGUUGUAAAGAAUGGUUUUCAAACGAGUUCAUUAAAUCAUUAAUUUUUCAAUCGAGAAAAAAAAGCGAAUAAUGGCCGUCAUUUUAAAUAAUGCACAUACUAUUAAAUGGCAAGUUCCUAUACAACCGAACAUUUAUAAAUCGCAUCAAAAAAAUUAGGCAGAGCGAUUGGCGUGACAAGCACUGUAACGGCUAGGUACCAUAUAUUUUGUCACCAAAAAUGCUAUUCGCGUAUUCUUAUAAUCAUAUCAUAAUCUCGUUGAGUUGCGACAGAUCCGCUUUGUUUCCCUUCUAAUAAAGUAAUUACAAUGACGAAAAAGUUUUGCAAUUUUUUACGUGUUUUUCGAGUGCUCCGUUGCCGUGCUGUGCGCAUACUAUAAGUUCACAUUUUAUAAUCAGAUAACACUAUAAUAACUCUAUCAAUAUAGAUUUUUUUUUUUACAUUUUUGUUCAUUUGACAAGAUAAAUAAAACCGUUUGUUCAAAUCACAUCUAAUGUAUAAGAUGAGUUCAUAUAUGUAUACAACUAUAUUAUACUGAAAUUUUAAUUGUAAUUCCGUUUUAUUCCGUUAAAAUAUAAUACACGCUAUAGAGAAUGAAAAUAUUGACAAUACAUAAAUUAACCGAAACGGAAUUCCGGUAUUAUGUCUUAACUUUAAAAAAGAGAUAUUAAAACAAGUACUGAUAUGAUCGAAUUUUAUAUAUAAAUUAUUUGUUUGUUGUUUUCAGUCGGGCAAAUAAAUUCGAGAGUGGACAAACUGCGAAGAGCGUAUACAAAAUGGGAACUCAAAAAAUUCCAGAAAACGAAAAGACCAAAAGUUAAACAGUAGUUGAAAAUUUAUUCGAUUUCAGAUGUUUCGGAUAAUUUACAACACUAUUUUUAGGUACAAUAAUAAAUAUUGUCGAUAAUAUGCUUAUAUAUUUUGUUUUGGCGAUCAACAAUCUUAUCCGAUUGUUACUUUUUUUACCAGAAGAAUUCUUUUCGGAUUCGUCUUUGUCUGCUGUACAUCUAAUGACGUCCUUCAUUAUCAGCAACUUUCGGACGUGACUUUUUUUAUUCAAAUAAGAAUAAGAACAAGUAUAAAAGCCGCUGAUAAAGAACGCCAUCAUUGUUGCUGCAACAGAUGAAGAUGAAUCCAAAAAGAAAUGUGACAAAAAUAAUUCUAUUAUCGAAUAAUAUUUGUGAUCGCCAGACCAACAUAUUUACAUAUUAUCGCUCACAUAAAAAUAUCCGAUGUUCAUUCAAUGUUUGAAUUACAUUUUAUUUUAAACAUUUAUA